AUGAAAGCGUCUGUCCUACCAAAUGCCGAGCACCCCAUUGUAUUACGACAACAACAACAGCAACAACAGAGGAGGCCCUCUGAUAUUUUGGAGGAAUCAUAUGUCACACAAAGUGUCAACAAUAGCAGAAGAAAUUCAAAUGCUGAUAGCAUCAUAAACUACAAUGCACUAUCUGCUGCCUCCGAUACUGCUGAUUUAGAUGUUGAAUCGCUUGUGAAUUCAGCCAUCUGGCCACUCGCUUCCAAUGCUGCCACGAAAACCAUCUUUAGCAGCACUGCCACAUCUGGAAACAACUCGAAAGAGCCAUCUCCACCCGCAUCUACUCCACAUCCUUUAGAUUCUACGCUCAUGAUGAAUGAUUGGAACCCCAAUGUCACGUCAACGCGAAUUAAAACAGAAGCGUGGGACAUGGCAAUGCAACCACAGCCACACCAACAGCCAUUACAAUAUCCUUCAGAUAUCUCCUUCCUGAAUAAUGACAACAGUCAACAAAACGACAAUGGUAACUUUCCAAUGCAUAGCAGCAACUACAACCAUGUCAUUCCAAUGAACAACUUUUCAUAUCAUGGUAACUUUACAGACAUAACGAACGGCUUUAAUUCUGCGCCUCCUUCAAUGGUAAAUACAGCUUUAUCAACACCAAACAGUGGGCUGGUGACACCGCCAAUGUCAAAUUACUUUCCAGCACGCAAUAGCUUGCCAGCUCAUUCUAAAAAGAUGCCUCCAUUCGAUCAAGAUACUCGUCGCAGAAGUUCUACAACAGACACACAUCACCCUCAGCGUACCUAUGGACGAAGAGCGUCUUCGCAUCCCUCUGUUGCCUCUGUCGUUAGUUUGACAGCACAUGAACCCAUCUCCAAGAUCAUUGAUGGCAUUGAACACAUUACAUUUUUGUACUCGCAUGACCGUCUAGUCAAGGAGUACACUGUACGCACGGAUAUAGAUAAUGUAAAUAUAGAUGAUAUAACCAUGGAUUUCCGAAUUCAAAAUGCGAUUUACCCAAGAGCCAAUGUCAAUAAGUCUGAAUAUGAUGGCAAUCGUUGGGAUUACGAAACUACCUGUAAUCAAUUAGGUUGGAAACUCUGCUGGCUCAACAAGGACCAACUAUUUGGAAGAAGGGGCCUCAUUCAACGAGCUGUGGACUCGUAUCGCAAUCGUCAUGCUGAAAUGCGGUCCAGAAGAGUGACACGUCAGGAGAAGGUAGCAAAUGGAACUCUACGCAAAAGGCGUUCAAAGAAAUCAUUGACCUCCAAUAUGCUGUAA